AGCUCAGUAUUGUUGAUAUUCUCGACCGGUGAAGAACAACAGCGUCUAAACUGGUUUCUUUUAUCGAUACACACACACAUCAACCAAUGGGUGAACAUUAACAGCACUACGAAUUCUGAUUGGCUGAUAUCACUGCCUAAUGUAGAACGCGUCACAACGUAAACAAAAUGAUGAUGAAGUAUGCCGAGGAGGUCCUCAUGCUGCCACUGCUGUUGAGUACGAUUACUGUGGGAGGGAGCCUGCAGCUCGCCGGGGCCCAGGAAGAAUGCAACCCAAAAUGUCCUUUCGUAAACGAUUCUACAUUGAUUUCACCGCUACCUGAAGCCAUGUCGAAAACUACCAACAGUCGAGGAACCGCCAGCAAAAAUCGUGGUCAAGUUAGUGGGAACAACAACACCAAGAACAGCGGUGACAACGCAAUUCUGAACUCCGUCUCUCUUACUGCUUCACAGGAUCGUGUUUUUGUGGGAGAGGACAAGUUACUCGGUGGCAAAGUCUCUCCCUCAACCUCACUUCCGUCCUACCUUCCCAAGGAUCCCUACCAGGGGACACAGGAAACUAUGCGACAGGCAGAAUCCUCCACAAGCUGGGUGAUGAACAUCGACAGGCACUACUUGUGUCGCCAUCCUCCACGCACGUUCUCCUCGGCAAACCUCGGCAAUAAGGAACUGUGUGACGGCAAAGAAGGUCUAACUUUUGGUUUCAAUGAAACUUAUGAACUGUGUGAUGAUUUAUAUUUCAUGUUGUAUAGAAGCAAUAAAGUUGCUUUCUUCUCGGUAGAUUAUUUGAACAAAAACGUUUCAUUCAAAGUGUAUGAGAGUGAGCGUUACGCCAAUCUCUGUCUGCCACUGUACAAGAGGUAUAAUAAGUGUGAGGGUAAUAAGUUUGCCACCGUCUGUCGUGAGACUGAUAACCUAAGUGUUGUGUUCGUCAACCAGCUCACCUGUCCUCGCCCAGUUGACUAUUACAGUAGUAAGUAUUUUGAAGUAUAUAUCGUGUGGUAUUUGGUCAAUAAUAAUAUAACCAGUUUAGAGAUGGUCUGUGAAGGAACUUGUAGGAUAAUCGACGGUGAAGUGAAUGGGGUGUCUUUCAAACUUUCGAAUCUUCAUUUUGUUUCUUUAAGUGGCAAAUCUUGUGAUAACAAUCCAGUCGGGAUAGCUCUAAUGAGAGAGAGGAACACCACCAUGUACGAGUUGGUCAACAUAUACUGGCCCUGCUGCUUCGCCUACUAUACAGUUGUGUGGCUGGAUAACCCUGCGGACUACGGGCUCAAUGCUGCUUGGAGUUACUUACCGACGCCGUGCCGAACAGGUGAAGUGCUCUUGAUUUUGAUGGUGGGAGGUAUAGGUGCGAGCGGGGUUUUGGGCAACCUGCUGGUGGUGAUGGUCAUGCUAAGUGGAGGUCACAGGGGUCAGGAGUCAUGUGUGCUCCGCACCUCCCUGGCCACAGCUGACCUCCUCACGGCCCUCAUAGUGGUAGUGCCAGCUUUCUUUCAACACCUCGCGCCCUUCCUCAACCCACCUCAAUUACGGGAAUGGCGGUGGGACGACGACCCUAGUUCAAACUAUUCUAACAACCUAACAUUGGGAUUUUAUAAAAGUGACAGUGGGUUCCCCCUUCUACGGAGUCUUACAUUUAGCAUUUGUUCCAUUGUAUCAGUACACACUCUCUGUUUACUGAGCUUCGAGAGAUUUGUGCUCACUACCAGACCUUUACGCUACAGAGAAUACAUUUCAAUGUGUUGGGUUAUGUUAGCCAUCACCUUCAUUUGGCUAAUCGGAAUAAUUAACGCUUUACUUCUCGCUUCAGGAGAAAAUGGAAUUAGUUUAGGUUACAACUCUAUGGUCAAGAUACCGUCUGGAAUUUCAGAGGACUCUUCAUUCCAUAGUGGAGGUUAUUUUUACUUUCAUAUCCUGCUGGCCAUAUUAUUAGCCUUGUCUGUAGCGUCGACGAUCGUGUUCUCCACUAUAGCAAUCAUCAGUUUUGCUAUAGAGCAAAUCCAUUUAGCUGCUGAGAUGGAGACCUUGAACAUGAGAGUUUCCCGCUUUUUCCACGAAGAAAGUCGGUACAUCUUCUUCAGCCAGUUGAUGAUGACAAUAUUGUUUCUUCUCUCUGUUAUUCCAGGCGGCAUAGUGAUAUUGUUUCACCUCAUCUUAUACCAUUACCAAUUCGACAUGGGCAGUUACGAUCACCUUUUCGAAUAUCUCGGUUGGUGGUUCUUCCUGGCGGCAACGGCCUGGAACCCUUGGCUCUACAACAUACGAAGUCACCAGUUUCGGGGUGACGCAGCCAACACGCUCCGUCGGCUGUGCUCUGGCCUACUGCCCAAGACCCACAGCAUCUGAUCUGCUCCCGGGUACAGCUCAAGAUCCUACAUCAGACCUUUAAUGGUAAAUGAGGUACAGACUUAUGAUAUCAGAAAAGAGAUGAAUCAAUGGUCCCAAUACUUCAAUAACUCGUUCAAACAAUCGGAAAGUUUCAUAGCUUAUUAAGUUAAUUUUUUCUUCAUUCAUCCGAACCACGAAAUAUAUAACAAUCAACAAUAUCUAAACAAGAUUAAAACAUUUGUCGGAAUUUUCAACCUGAUAGGAUUUUAAUUCACGUGUGAGGUAUUUCCAGCGUUACAGAGCAGCGCUCACUAUAGAACUCAGAGGUGUACAGGACGCGACACUGGAAAGUUAUUAACAUUAGACUAAAUGACUUAAUGUCCUCGUUGCCACCCAACCCUCACUGCCACCCAACCCUCAGAGCCACCCAACCCUCACUGCCACCCAACCCUCAGAGCCACCCAACCCUCAGAGCCACCCAACCCUCGCUGCCACCCAACCCUCACCGCCACCAAACCCUCAGAACCACCCAACCCUCACUGCCACCCAACCCUCAUUGCCACCCAACCCUCACUGCAACCCAACCAUCUGUGAAGGAAUGGAGAGAAGAUGACGCAAAUAACUAAACUAAUCAUCACGACACUUGAUAACUGGAACUGACGUGAUAGGCCAGCAGAGGAAAUAAAAUGAUUGAACUAUUAUGAGAGGUUCGACAUGUGGGUACAGUGAGGGAAGGUUCAUCCUGUAGUGUUAUGUACAGUGAGGGAAGGUUCAUCCUGUAGUGUUAUGUACAGUGAGGGAAGGUUCAUCCUGUAGUGUUAUGGUACAGUGAGGGAAGGUUCAUCCUGUAGUGUUAUGGUACAGUGAGGGAAGGUUCAUCCUGUAGU